AUGGGUACUCCAAGGUGGAAGCCAACUCCCAUGCAGCUAGAAAUAUUGGAAGCACUCUACUGUAAAUCUGCUGGGAAUCCAAACGACGAGCAGAUAUACGAUGUUGCUAAUUAUCUGAGAAGAUAUGGAGAAAUACAAGCAAAGAGUGUGUUUUAUUGGUUUAAAAACAGGAAAUGCAAUGAUAAGCUGUAUAAACGUAGAAGAUUGGAAGAAGCUAUCGAUUCAGUUAGAUCAAAGCCUCCAGAGACCAGAUCUGAACAAGUUUUCCUCUUUCAUUACAACAAGUUAUAUUCUCCAGAUCAGCAUGCAAUUGAAAGGACAUCGCAAGAGUUGAUAUCCAUGAUUACCAGUGAAAAGUCGAAUGAUUCAAGUGGUGUGACAAUGCUCUCCUGCAAAGAACAGGAGGCGAAAACAAAAACAGAUGAGAAUUGCAGUAUUGAAGAGAAUGCAGUAGCUAAUGUAUACAGGGGCACUAUCAAUCAUGAUUAUAGUUUUGUGAAUGCGGAAUUACCGUGGCGUAUAAACAAGAAUUUAAGAAAAAGAGGAUGGGCACUGGCUCGAAUCAACAGAAGGGUGGACGCAACACGGAGUAUGCAAUCUAACGAACACCAAGAUAGAAAUGAAAUGGUGCAGACUCUCCAAUUGUUCCCCCUAAAAACCAUCAAUAGUUAA